AUGGCUAAGUCCUGUGAAGCACAGGACUUGGGAACCAUGAAGGUCCUCAUCCUUGCCUGUCUGGUGGCUCUUGCUCUUGCAGGGGAGAAGGAACAACUCAGCAUAACCAGUGUGACUGUAGAAGACAUUGAGGGCAGUGAGCAGAAACCCGAGACAUUUGAAAAUAACAAACAGCAGCAAAAAGAGGAUGAGCGCCAGGCCCAAAUCCAGCCCAUUGUCCAGCCGCAGCCUCUUCGCCCUCGUUACCCUGAGCCCAUCUCUUACCCUGUUCUUUCACAAAACAUCCUGCCUCUUGCUCAGCCUGCUAUGGUGCUGCCUGUCCUUCAGCCUGAAGUGAUGGGAGUCCCCAGUACUAAGGAGACCAUCUUUCCUAAGCACAAAGUGAUGCCACUUCUUAAGUCUCCUGUAGUGCCAAUUGUUCAGCGCCAAAUCCCAAAUCUCACUGAUCUAAGAAAUGCACAGCUUCCUUUGCCUGUGCUCCAGGCCCUGAUGUCUCAGGUCCCCCAGACUCUUGUUCAGACUCCCACGCUUCCUACUCAGUCCCUGUUCUCCCUUUCUCACCCCAAUGCUCUGCCUUUUUCCCAAAAAGUGAUGACCCAACUCCAGAGAGCUAUGCCCGUCCAGACUCUUCUGCUGUAUCAAGAGCCUCUGCUUGACCCUACCAGGGAGUUCUACCCUGUGACUCAGCCUGCUGGCCCAGGUCACAAUUUCCAACAAGUGGAUGUGGGACCUGCUGCUUCUGUGUCCAACCCCUCCUACAGUGUCAAUAUGGCUUCUCCUUUACACCCUUAG